CCAAGAGAAUCCACUGUUUGUCUAAAAAUGGAGUGGCUUUACUAAUCUGUUAAUUAGAUUACUGUUCUUGCCUUAGUGCCGCUUGUGUCCUUAUGCAUACCUACAAGUCACUUUAACGACACCAGUUGUGUCUAGCUCUAUAUUUCUUUUUUACUCCCCAUGUACACUAUUUUAUUAAGUAUGAGUUGCUCAGAGAGUUAACUACAAAUUUGGUGAUAAAUGCUGCCCAGGAUGGCCGUUUUGACAUUAGCUUUAGUUAGUUUUAUCUGCUGGAUAAGUCUUGGUAAUGUAAGUGGAAAUGAGAAGAUUAACUCAGACAACAUCACUCGCAUUUUGGAUCGACUUUUGGAUGGUUAUGACAACAGACUGCGACCUGGAUCUGGAGGUGGUGUCACAGAGGUGAAAACAGACAUCUUUGUCACCAGCUUUGGACCCGUUUCAGAUGUUGAGAUGGAGUUCACCAUGGACAUGUUCUUCCGUCAGAUGUGGGUUGAUGAGCGGCUAAAAUUCGAGGGCCCCACUGAAAUCCUGCGACUGAACAACCGCAUGGUGGACAAGAUCUGGACGCCAGACACUUUCUUCCGAAACUCCAAGAAGUCCAUUUCUCAUAACACAACAUCGCCUAACAAACUCUUCCGUAUCAUGCAGAACGGGACUGUCCUCUACACCAUGAGACUGACAAUCAGCGCAGAGUGUCCAAUGAGGCUGAUGGACUUCCCCAUGGACGGCCAUGCCUGUCCCCUCAGGUUUGGAAGCUAUGCUUACACAAGCAGUGAAAUCAUGUUCACUUGGAGGAAGGGGCCAAUAGCAUCUGUCGAGUGUCCCACAGAGUCCAUGAGUCUUCUGCAGUAUGAUCUGGUGGGACAGACGUUGUCCACUGAGCUAUUCAAAUCCAACACAGGUCACUACUCUGUGAAGGUGGUCCAUUUCCACCUCCAGAGGAAGCUGGGCUACUAUCUCAUUCAGACUUACAUCCCUCUAAUCAUGGUUGUUGUGCUGUCACAAGUCUCUUUUUGGAUCAACAAAGAGUCUGUUCCUGCACGCACAGUUGCUGGCAUCACCACAGUGCUGACCAUGACCACCUUGAGCAUCAGUGCCCGAGAGUCACUUCCCAAAGUAGCGUAUGCCACCGCCAUGGAUUGGUUCAUCGCUGUGUGUUUUGCCUUUGUGGCGUCGGCUCUAGUUGAGUUUGCAGCAGUAAACUACUUCGCCACCCUCCAGGCCAACCGUCUGAAGGAACAGAAAGCUAGACAAGACAAGCUUGAGGUUUUGGCUACCGGCAGCGAGGAUGGAGACACAAUUUCGUCGGACAGCAGCCCUCAGGAAAGCCUGAAGAGGAGAAACCACUCAGUGUGUCGCAGUGAGCCAGGAGAUGCUCCACCGGUGCCGAUUUUCCUCCAGCAGGGCUCAGCUUUUCCCCAAAUCCCUCAGCUGGCCGGCACCAGCCCCAUCGACGCCUACGCCCGUAUCCUCUUCCCCCUGGCCUUCGCCCUUUUCAAUUUAGUCUACUGGUACAUCUACCUGGCCAAGGACAGCAUGGAGAGUGCCAGGGACAUACAACUUCAAAACUAAGAGGACCUGGGAAAGGGCACAUGCAGUCGGAGAGACCUUCAGCAUCCAACCAGCCUCACCUCACCCUCCUCUCUCUCUCUCUCUCUCUCUCUCUCUCUCUCUCUCUGUCUCUCUCUCUCUCUCUCUCUUUGUGUCUGUGUGUGUGUGUGUGUGUGUGUGAACAAGCUCUCAGCAGUCACUCUGCUCUCAUCUGACAGAGGAAAUGAAUCAGAAACUCAUUUAUUCUCCUGCCGCACAUCUAUUCAUUUCACAGGCUGUGACCACUGCCCACUUGUGUUCUGAUCAGUAGCUGAAGAGCUGCCCUUCACGGGCCUCAAUCACUUUAAAGCCUGCCGCGUACACACAACAACUUCUCAGGCCCCCGGACCGAGAGAGACUCCACACACACACACACACACACACACACAUACAGUAUGCAUGACACUCAGACACACACACACACACACACACACACACACACACACACACACACACACACACACAAAACCAAGAAACACAUCAAAAAGAAGUGGAUGAUAUAAUCUAUGAUGGCUGUAACUGGUGGUGAUGCAACAGUGAACCAAUGCUUUCAGAAGCCUGCCCUCUACAGAAACACAGCUCCCACUACAACAAGAUCAAAGGCAAUUUAGAGGAGGCUCGCAUCCCUCCCCGCGGCUUCAAAAAUGUACUCAAACCUGAGAAAAUGAAUUGUGGGAUUGUGUUUUCCAUCCCACCUUUCUGCUCUGGCGCUCUGGUGCUCCCUUUGCAUUCUCAGAUCCACUGCAGGUCCUCUGAAGACAUUGCAGGGAAGAGUAGGAUAUAAUACCCAUGGGUGUUGAUGACAUUAAUUUUCUAUUUUCGUAUGGAUGGCGCAUGAUUGUUGGGCGCAGAUGUUUGUAUGUGAAGUGUCUGCUCGUAUCGGAUGGAGUGAUGUUGUUUUUUUGUUUUUUUUUGUCCUGUAACAUAAAAACUGAAGGAAUAAACUUGAUCUUAACUUGACAUUUAGACCACUUUAACCCUGCAGAGCAUCCCAUUGUUUGACCUUGUCAGGGUAUAGACAAACUUAUCUUCCAUGUAAUAAACAUAAAAAUAAAACAAGCCUGAAAUUAA